AUGCAAGCUUUAUCUCGCUGGAGCAACACAAUUGUCUCCCUCUUCAAGAAACACCAAACAUGGCAACAAUGUAAGCAAAUUCAAUCAAUCAUCGUCACUUCUGGCCUCUAUUCAUUACAAGCCACUCUUUUCCUCACCAAACUCCUUCAAUGUGUGCCAUUCGCUCAGAAUCAAAAUACCUGCAUCUGGCUUCUCUUCAACACUAUUCACACUCCCAACACUCACCUCUUCAACAAAAUCAUCAAAAUCAUCGCAGCCUCCUCCCACCCCCACAUCUCCCUUCUGUGCUACGCAGAAAUGCGACGAAAGGGUGUGCUACCAGACAAACACACCUUCCCUUUGCUCCUCAAGACGCUCUCCAAGUCCAUUGGACGUGACCCUUUUAUGAUUUAUGCUCAAAUUUUUAAACUUGGGUUUGAUCUUGAUCUCUUCGUUGGUAAUGCACUCAUUCCGGCGUUUUCGAAUUCUGGGUUUAUGGAAAGUGCACGCCAGGUGUUUGAUGAAAGUCCCGUCAAGGACACUGUUUCUUGGACUGCAUUAAUCAAUGGGUAUGUUAAAAAUGAGUGUCCUGGUGAGGCACUCUGGUGUUUUGUGAAAAUGAGAAUGACGGACACAAGGGUUGAUGCGGUCUCUGUGGCUAGCAUUUUACGUGCAGCUGCAUUGGUGGGUGAUGCUAAUUUCGGAAGGUGGGUUCAUGGGUUUUACGUGGAAGCCGGGAGAGUGCCGGUGGAUGGUUAUGUUUGUAGUGCUCUUAUGGAUAUGUAUUUCAAAUGUGGUCAUUGUGAGGAUGCGUGCAAAUUGUUUAGUGAAAUGCCUUACAAAGAUGUAGUGUGUUGGACCGUGCUUGUAGCUGGUUAUCUGCAAAGUAACAAGUUCCAUGAUGCACUUCGUGCUUUCUGGGACAUGCUAUUGGAUGAUGUUGCACCCAAUGAGUUUACACUCUCAAGUGUUCUUAGCGCAUGUGCUCACAUGGGAGCUUUGGAUCAAGGAAGGCAUGUUCAUCAAUACAUAGAGGGCAGUAAAAUAAAUCUGAAUUCAGUGCUAGGGACUGCAUUGGUGGAUAUGUAUGCAAAAUGUGGGUGUAUUGAUGAAGCUUUAAAGGUAUUUGAACACUUGCCAGUUAAGAAUGUGUACACUUGGACAGCAAUAAUUAACGGGUUGGCUGCUCAUGGGGAUGCAUUAGGAGCAUUGAAUAUCUUCUCUUGCAUGCUUAAAGGUGGUAUUCAACCUAAUGAAGUUACUUUCGUUGGCGUUCUUGCUGCUUGUUCUCGUGGAGGUUUUGUGGAUGAAGGGAAAAGGUUAUUUGAAUUGAUGAAAAAUGCUUAUAAAUUGAAGCCAGAGAUGGACCAUUAUGGUUGCAUGGUUGAUAUGCUUGGUCGAGCAGGGUAUUUGGAAGAUGCCAAACAAAUUAUUGAUAAUAUGCCAAUGAAGCCUAGCCCUGCCGUACUGGGGGCUUUGUUUGGUGCCUGCAUGGUCCACAAAGAUUUUGAAAUGGGUGAACGUAUAGGGAGUUUAUUGGUAAAUCAGCAGCCAAACCACAGUGGUAGUUAUGCACUUCUGGCAAACAUGUAUAAAAUGUGUCGAAACUGGGAAGCAGCUGCGCAGGUCAGGAAGCUCAUGAAAGGAUUACGAGUGGAAAAGACUCCAGGAUAUAGUCGGAUAGAAGUAUAUGGUCUUGAUUCCUGA